CUCGCUAUUUUUCUGCUGCCAUUCUCUCGAUUUUGUUUCUUUAUCCAAUCUUGAAGUCGUCUGCGAAUCGGAGGUUGGGCUGUUAACAGACGAAAAAGCUUGGUACUACGUGGUGAAUUUGUCCGGACUUUCUUCUGGUUAUACCCAAAAGGAGAAUUCUAUUCAUUGAUUUGCUGACAAGCAAUAUAGUUGUUUCAAGUAAGUGUGCUUUGGCAGUUUUUGGCUAACGACUCGAUAACAUCAUCAAAAUGGAUGUUGUCUCUCCUGUGGGUGCUUGCGUUUCUAAAGAAGAAUUCAAGUCUAGUGAGUUGAAGCAGCUGAAUUUCGAGUCACCAAGUUCUCUGUGUCAUGUCACAGAAGAUGUAUCUCUGAAUGAGCUUGUGAAUGGUUUCACAGGAUUUGUGAAAAUACAGGAUGAUCAUAAAUUAGUGUCACACUCUAUUUUGUCUCAACCAUUCAACAAGAUUGAGAACCCUAAUGCAGAGAAGGAAGAUAAAUACCAUGAUCCAAAUCGAAGUGAAUCAACCAUUGUAAUUUCUAAGAAAUGCUUAUCCAAGUGUGCAACAUUUCCAUGCUCUGGGAAGAAAACAUGCUUUGCUGUGUAUACAGGACAUGAUGGGCAUAAGGAAGACGAGAAGAGGGAAAGUGACAUGCGCACUGGAGUAGUGAAGCAAAAUGAUUAUGAAAUGGAUAAUCUUGCUUGUGCUCGAUCCAUAUCCUUGCCUACUCCUUUGAAGCUUGUGUCUGCCAUGAAAGGUAGUCGUGAGCGACAGGGGAUACAACCAAAGAAGCUGACUGUCUCAUGGGCUCCUGACGUGUAUGAUCCUCCUCCAUCAGCAUCAACAAGCUUGGGAUUUAAGAAAGUUCGCCCAAAUGGUAAGAAGAAUUAUGAUCAUAGGAAGAACGGGAAGAACAGGAAGAAGGGAAAAUCUUCUAGAGGAGGCAGCAGCAAGGACAAGAAGCAAGUCCGGCUAUAUGGUGGGAGCUCGAGCAAGUUCUACCCGUCACGGGAUGAUGUUGGCAGAGUGGAUGGCCGGAUCGAGCCUUGUGGGGGAUUGCAGCUCUUAGAUAUUGGUAGCCCGGACUCGUAUUGUGGUAGUAGCUUCCUCAAGAGAUCUGUCAAAGAGUUGCACUUCUCCAUGGCGGAGGCCACGUAAGCCCUUCUUCAGCUUUUCAUCCGUUUGACAGUGUUUACAAGUAAGUAUAAUGGGGCUUCCGGCUUUUUCUUGAUGAUGGUGGUGGUUGUGGUGAUUGGAAAGGAGACUGGACAAUGUCAUGUUCUGGAGUGGUGCUUGUUCGAUGAAACUAAACUAAAGAUGAUGUCAGUGUGGUCUGACCCAAAAUUCCUUGUGAUUCAGGUCAUGUAAAUUUAGAUGCUGCUUCUUGUUAUGUGAACAGUUUGGUUACUUUGGUUGCUAUGAGACUCAAUCCUCUUAUGGAUGUCUUCAGAGAGUGUAGAAAAAGAGAAAUUUCAUCUAUAUGACAGAAAUCAAUGCUUAUUUAGGCAGGAACCUCCAGCUCCAGGGUUAAGGGGGUGAAAUCUUAUAUGCGUCUUCUUCCCUCGCUU